AUGUCCCUCUCAGACGAAGACUACGCUCAACUAGCCCAGGAGAUUCCAUCGCCAGAUGAACCUUUCCUGCGGCAGUUCACCGCCGGCAGCGUCCGCCUCCGGGACCAGGAAUCCGCCCUCCGCGCCGACACGGGCUUCCGUAACUCGCUCUCUCCGCUCGCUCGCCGUGCCGCUGCCAUCGUCACCAAGAUUCGCGAGAGAGAAAAUGAGACGGUAUGGACUGGCCAGCAAGAUCUGGGAACGCCAUUUGCCUUGGCGAAGCCGUUGCUCGAGACGACAGACCUGUGGCGUAUCAUACGGCGGUUGCCGAAGGGAGGCGUGUUGAACGCGAACCUGAGUAACAUGGUUGAUAUCGACUGGCUCCUGGACGUGGUAUUCAAAACUCCGGGAAUGCACAUCUCGGCCGACGCACCGUUAGAUUCAAGCACGGCGCUGGAGGGCGCGACCGUGAAGUUUGGCUUUCGCCAAACUGAGACGAGCGAGGCGUCAGUCUGGACAAGAGGCUACGUCCCCGGCACAUGGAGAGGUCUCAAGAAGGCGGCGAACGAGUUCAAUGACGGCGGAGAACCUGCGUUCAGAAACUGGCUCAGGAUGCAAUGUGUCAUAUCGAAGGAGUCCGUGGAACAACAUGCCACCCGCGAAGCCAUCUGGAAACGCUUAGGGCGGUGCUUUGCGAUCACGGAAAGCAUGAUAUCUUACGAGCCCAUCUUUCGCGCCUUCUUACGUCAUAUAAUGAGCACUCUUCACGCUGAAAACGUCAAUUGGAUCGAACUACGCCGCCGGCGGAUACUGGCUGACGAGGACCUCUACGACGCUAUUCUGCUAGGAACCCGCCGUCUCGGCAGCGCCCAAGAACUGCACCGGCACCCCCUCCUUGUCGACCUCGUCAAGGAGAAGCGUAUCCUGAUCGAGACCAGUCCCUUCGGCAGCGAACUCCUUCGCAUCUCCGAACUCGAAAGGACGAACCCGCUACCGGCGCUCAUCGCACGGGGCGUGCCGUGCGCGCUGGGAAGCGACUGUCCUUCUGCGCUGAGGAGCGCCGGUGCGGUCGGGCCGUCUCACGACUACUGGAAGCUGCUACAGGGCUGGGGCGGCCUCGGGAUCGAGGGCUUGGGCGCACUGGCGGAGAACGGGGUUCGAUGGGCGGCGUUCGAGGACGAAGAUGCCAAGGCCUGGGGCGCUGGAGUGCGGGAGGCCAGUCUGGGGCGCGGCAUCAAGGCGCAGAGGCUGAAGCAGUGGGCCACGGCGUGGGAGGAGUUCUGCUUGUGGAUCGUGACGGAGUAUGGGGACGAACUAGGAGAUGAACCAGGGGAUAUUCAGGCUCGUAGCUUAGAUAUCGAGGCAGACCAGAGAAAGGGCAAGGCAGAGCCAUGAGGCCAAAAGGGCUC